UUUCACACCCACAUUUCCACGACCAGAGCUCUUCCACAUUGCCUCCUUCCACACCGCCUCCUUCCACCGCCUCCUUCCAUAUCGGGUUUAAGACCUUCGACAAAAAUUGACGGAAAAUCUCCAUUUGCAUCAACAGACAGCUACACGUUUGUUGCGACUGCAAUGAUGCCUCGAUGGAGCAGGACCCUAGCUAAUAUUUACAGGGUAGGGCGACAGACUAAAUCAGAUAUGGCUUCAGAUUUGUUUGUUUUCCCUUGCCGGCGAAUUUCUAGGAUUGCGGCCGUAGAGGUGCCGGUAGCUUCAGAUGCUUCCGAGAAAAACUAUACUGCUAAAUCAGAGGUAAAUCUGAGUAAGAUGUUCCGUUCCAAGCCUUGUUCUUUAGCCUUGCCACCUGAAUCCCCUCUGAGGAUUGAGGAGCCUAACUACGAGGGUAUCCGCCAGUUUCUCCUCAAGUUGAUGUUGUUCUAUAGCAAACAGAGCACGUCUAUUCGAGCAGCAAAUGUUAUUUACCGCCGUGUUGUAUCUCAAGCUGAUAAACCUGCCAUUUAUGACGUUUUUAGCUUGGAGAAAACCUUUAGAACAACAUUCUGCAUGCUCGUAUUACACAUGUGGUUAUGUUUGCGUCGCUUGAAAGCAGAAGGAAAGGAAGGUGUUGAAUUGGGGCAAUAUGUGUACGAAAUCUAUAAUCAUGAUCUGGAGAUGAGAGUUUCAAAAGCUGGGGUUAAUUUACUGUUGUCUAAAUGGAUGAGGGAGUUGGAAAAAGUAUUUUAUGGCAAUAUUGUUGCUUUUGAUACCGCCAUGCUUCCAGAAGCUAAACCGGAUGAGUUGCAGAAAGCAAUAUGGAAGAAUGUCUUCUUCUCUGAAGAUGGUCCAUCUAAGCUAGAUCCUGCUGCAUUACCUGCUGUCCUGGCUUUCACAAGAUACGUUCGGCGAGAAUGUACUUGCUUGUCAUUAACAGAUAAAGAAGCAAUGUUCUCUGGCAACUUCAUGUUCACACCUCUCACAAACCCGAAAACCUAACUCUAAUCGGAUCAAAACCAUGCAUGUUUCCUUGAAUAAACAUUUGUUUUUUACAACAUAUAAAGCUUGCGUGCAGAGUACUGAAGGUAAGUUUCAGAAUAUGUAUUUUUCGAAAACAAUAGUUUUACAUUCUUCAUAUGGAAGACAUCACUGCUUUCCUAACAGCAACUGCAACUUGGGUCCCAACCAUCGUCAGAACAGGCAAACCUCCUCCGGCUGCCACCGCUGGAACUAAAAGCUUGUAAUAGAAAGACAGAGGUGGUUGCCGCGGUCAGUUUGGAUGUUGACGAAUGAAUUUAGGAGCAAAAGAAAGGAUCGAAACUUGUUUAUUGAUGAAGUUACUAAUUAUGCCCUUCUGCUCUAUUCAGUGAAUUUAUCAUGUGGGGUAUUGUUUUUAUUUGUGAUCGAUUGGAGACCUACGGUCCAUGGUAUGAGCUUUUGGAACCAUGUCAUUGAAGUAUCGAUUCGGUGUUUCGAGAUUUGAAAAUGGUAUUUGGUAUCCAAAUUUGUAGUUUUAUUGUAAAUUGAUCAUUAUUUUUGUUAAAUACAUAGUGUUACUAUUAGGUAUUGUUUGGCAAAAAUAAGCUAGCUUAUUUUCUUGUUACAUGUUUGGAUGCACAUAAACUAGCUUAUUGAAACAUUACUUGUAGUAUCGUUUUGAUGACUUAUAAU